UCCCAUCUAUCUAUCUAUCUAGCUAGUGCUGCACAUCCUGCCCGGCUAGCCAGGAAGGACUCCAUCAGCCAGGUUUCUCCACCCCACCCACCUCUCCGCACCGAAGCCCAGGCAGUGCAGUGCAAGGGAUGAAGCGCAUAGUGGGGAGCCCGGGCCCCGGGGACAUGGAGCGGCAUGGCGCUGCGGGUGUCGCCGCCGCAUCCGUCUUCGCCAUGUUCUCUGCUUAUGGCUUCUCCAACUACAGCGCCUACUUCUACCUGAACUUUGCUUCGGUGCUGCAGUUUCUGUGGAGUUUGCCCCUUGCUUGUCUGGAUAUCUUUUCUCUGAGGAAUGAAAAGGAUCUUCAAGCACCGGCUCGUCUAUUGCUCAUUGUUAUCAUUGACUGGGCCGUGGCGGUUCUCAUGUUCUCAGGAGUCUGUGCCGCCGCCUGCCUGACGAUUUUCUUCAUGAAGGAUGUGAACUUCUGUGAGGGGUUCUCGUGGCUGGGAUGCAAUCAGUUCGCGCUUUCGGUCACCCUGGCAUUCAUCACGUGGUCGCUGCAAGCUGCGUCUUCUUUCUCCGGGUUAUGGCUACUGGUCUCGUUCUUCUAGUGAUCUCAAUAGGUGCUUUGAAUCACCGUCGCGUCGUGCUAAUUGCCAGUUAAUGGUUGCAUUAUCUUUUAUUUUAAAGUGCUAAUUGCCAGUCAAGGAUGGUAAAUCAGUUCAGAUGCAAUGUGCUCAGGACACUUGUUCAUCACCGUCGCGUCGUGCUAAUUGCCGGUUAGAUUUCAGUUACCGGCGUUCUUCAUCACUUAUUGAUAGACUGCAUGUCUGAUAGCGUGUCUUCAGUUAAGUGGAAUAGUUACUGUUUAGGUAAUGUGGAAGUGGAAUCACUAAUAUGGGGUGCCUAUUAGUGC